AUGGAGAAUAUAGUAGGAAAAAAUAGAGGUGUGACUGGGAAAGAAAAAGAAAAUGCUAUAGAAAUUGAAGAAAGAAAUGAAUUAGAAAGUGAAAAGAAUAUAGUAAUAGAAGAUAAAGAAAGAGGUGAAGUAGAAGAAAUGACUAUUAUAGAAAAAAAUAAAAAAGAUGAUGAAGAAGAAAUAGAUAAUGAAAUAGAAGGUGAUAAAGAAAAAAAUAAAGAAGAAGAAUAUAAUAAGAUGGAAGAAGAUAAUGAAAAAGGAAAUGAGAUGAAAGAAGAUAAAGAAGGAAUUAAGAUAGAAGAUGAUGAAGAAAAAAAUAAAAUAGAUGAUAAUGAGUUAAAAGAAGGAGAAGAUGAUGAAGUAAAAGGAGAUAAUGAGAUAGAAGUAGACAAAACAGAAGAAAAUAAAGAUAAAAAUAAAGGCAAACAACUGCAAG